CGAAAGCGGAUUCAGUCUCAAAGAACAACGCUUCACACAUCCUACUCAGAAACAAAAUUAGCCAAAGCCACAACCAAGGAGGGAAGCAAAUGGCUGACUGAAAAUCUAGUAUUAUUACGCAAACAACCACAAAGAGAACGAAAGAUUUACCGAAGACGCAACCAGGAAGCAUUGCCUGCAGUAACAUAAUUGGCAACGCGCUUUCUGGUGUUGGCCCACUAGGUAGCUACGUACCGUACGUUUAGGGAGCGACAAGACGGCAAGCAAGCUUUGGAACGGUUCGUUCGGUUCGGUUCUGUUCUGUUCUGUUCCGUCACUGUAUUCCAUUCCUGUAGACUUCCCGCACCAUGGCAACGCACACGGACACGAGCUCGAGCAACGACGAGAAUGCCCUGCUCCCUGCGAGUCCCACCAAGCUCGCGGUUGCCCCACAGGCACAGCCUCUCCCGAGCGUCCAGACGAAUCAAAACCUGACGAUUGAUACGAGUGCGAGCAGCACCGCCGGUCCGUCUCGGGACAAAGCAGAGGGCGAAAGCACAAGCAACAAGGAUGUCGCUACCGACCUCUGCCCCGUCCCCUCGGCCGGAAGCAGCAACAAUUUCAGCAUCGACGACUGCCACACCAUCGGAAGCCUCUCCAUUGAGUCCUAUACGACGGAGGACGAAAAGGAACUCGCCGGUGCGGCUGCUGGUGGAGCAGCAGCUACCGCUGAAAAAAGUUCUGCGGACCAGACCCCCAAGGCCCUGAAUCAAAUGAUGGCCAAGUUCGAUCUGCUCCAGGCCAGCAGCAUCGACGAGCCCCACCAGGACCGAAUGAUGCAGACCUUUGAUUUGCUGCAAAAGAGCACGAUACAGACCCCGAGAAACGAAGACGAAGGCGAUGCCCAGGGCGGACAGGCGGGGGGCGACCAACUGUUCCAGGUCCUCGCCGCUUCCGAGUCGCAGACGGCCAUCGAGGUGCAGCAGGGCGACGACGAGGAAACCGAUGGUGCAUCCUCGCACUCGAGCCGCGAGAUGUAUUCCGACCUCGAGCGCUUCCGCAGCGCGGACUCGCACUGCGACCACGAUGCCAGCAACCACAACCAACACAUCAACGUCGAAUCCUCGGACCAUUCGUCCUCCUCGUCGUCUAAGUUGUUAAGCGCAGAGCAGCAAAAGCUCCUCGAGGAUCGGGUCCUCCAACUCACGGACCAGGUGUCCCUUCUGGAAUCGAGAAACGACGAGCUACAGUCGAAGCUGAGAAUCCAGCACGACAAGGACGUCCAGGACAUGUACCAGAAUCCCUACAGCGAUCCCUUUGCGGCCAGCGCAGCGCCCACCCCUUCGGAGGCAGCUGGAAACAGCGGCUUUGGUGGAAAUGCCUUUCUGGAAGCCGCCACGAGGAAUCUCAAUGCCGCUGCCAGCGUUCAGGUCCAGGCGCCGCCCGUCAUCCCCCACGUGGCCUCCCUGGGAAACCUCUCGGCGGCGGCCUCGAACGCCGACACCAACAGCGAUCUCCACCGCGAGCUCACGGAGCUCCGCAUGCAGAACCAGGGCCUCCAGAACAACCUGAAAUCGUCCGAGCGCGUGAAGGAGCGCCUCAAGAAGGUACUCGCCACGGUCGAGGAGGAGCACCGGGCGCAGACGAACCUUCUCUCGACCCGCACCAGGGAACUUGGGGAGUCCAGGGACCGGGAAGCGAGCCUGCGGACCGAGCUUGAUGCCUGCAAGGUCCGCCUCGAGGGCUUUGAGAUUGCGCAGCGCCAAAAGGAGAGAGCAGCAACAUCCUCCGGCGGAGAGGAAUCGUCCUCCAAUGGCGGUCCUGCCCACAGCGGCGGCCGGUCGGAGCAGCCCCGCAAGUCCUUUUUUUCGAGCAGCAGCAACGCCGCGGUACCGGGAGGGGACCUCGCCACGGCCCUCGUCGUCUCGCAGCGGCAAAUCGAGGCCCUCCAGGCCCACAACGAAGAACUCGAAUCGGCGAACGCAAACCUCCAGAAAAAGUGCGAUGGCCUAACGACCAAGUACGGCCUCACAGAACCACCGGCCGGUGAUGCGAAGGGCACCCAGCUCUAUUCGAGGUACCUCGAGAUGAAGUCGUCCCUCUCGUCGCUAUCGGUGGUCCUGGAGGAAGUUCAGGAUAAGAACUCUGCCCUCAACGAGCGGGUCGAGGAACUCGAAUCGGAGCUCAACGAGAAACCAUCGCCGAAGGCGUCAGCUGCCGAAGCGAGAGGCUCGUGCGACGAGGAGUUGGCUAACGCCACCACCCUGCAGCCCACCAUCAGCGCGGAACAAGAAGAAACUCUGAAGGAACUGGUCGAAAAACUAGAGGUCCAGAUCCUGGAUUACCGCAAGGCGGAGGAACGCCAUGGCGUUGUCAAGGCCGAGCUCGAAUCGGCCGUCGAGAAACUGGAGGAAGAAGCCUCGGAGCUGCGGUCGGAGCUGAUCGAGGUGACGUCUUCCCCUUCUCCCACCGACCAAGCAAGAUCCUCCAAGGACGAGGGCCUCAAAGAGGAGCUCAACCGCUGCUACAAGGAACUCGAAUCCAGGAUCACCAAGGAAAAGAGUGACGAGCUCCGCUCCGAGCUGGAGCUUCUUCGGGACGCCAUGGACGCAGCGGCCGAGGAAUCCACCCACCUUCUUAACGAGAUGGAGCAGAUGCUGGCCUCAAGCCGAGAGGAGCUGAAACAGGAACGAGCAAAAUACAAGGAUCUCGAGACCAGGUACAAGGAGUUGUUGCGCAGCACCAGUGGCGCUCUUGAGACAAACCAAAGUCCACAGGAAGAGGACGGCAACGCCAAGGAAGCGUUGUCAAAUUCCGAGCGGCUUCUGAGCGAAAACUCAAGACUCAAUGCCGCAAUCUUGUCCCUUCAAGAACAGACUAAGCAGCUCAAGAUCGAUCUGGACAAGAAAACGAUGAAGGUCGAAAAGAGUGAAAAACGACUUUUGUCCAAGCACGAAAAGUCGCAGCAGCUGAAGGAGGUAAACGCCUCUCUGCGAGAAGGAAUCCAGCAGCUCAAGGGGCACCUGGCAACGAUUAGCGAGGAGGCUAGCAGAACCGAAAACACGCUGGCGAAAACCAACGAAGAGCUUCACUCGGAACGCGAAAAGGCACAGAAGCUCGAGGUGACCAACGGUUCCUUGCAAACCGAACUCGAGGUGCUUAAGGCGUCCAUUGUACAGCAAACCAACAGCGACGAAGCUGCAAACUCGAAGAGCAUGCAGCUUUCUGCCUCGCUUGCCGCUAGCAAGAAGGAACUGUUCCUCGAGAAAGAACUCGUCGAGAAGGUUAUGCAAGAAAAGAGAGAAGUGCAGUCGCAAUUUGAUGCCACCAAGGAGGAUUUGCAGACGCGAUUACACUCUGAGAAAAAGAACAACUCGAGACUGGAUUCAGAAAUUUUGUCUCUGCAACAAGAAUCGGAGCGGCUGAAAUUGUUCAUCGCCGUCGCUACCAAAAGAAUGGAAAAAAUGGACCAUGCUAGGUCGACCGAAAAAGCGAGACUCCGCAACGUGGAAAAGCUAUUGAUAGCCGAACGUGGCAUUACGAGACGCAACGCCGUCCUGGUAGACCAAGCCACAGAAAGCUCACGCCAAUUCAGCGAGCUCGAAAAACUGCUGGCUACAACCCAGCAGGAAUUGACCGAAGAAGAACGACGAGUGGAAUCUCUCGAGGAGCAAGUUGAUGGACUCACAGUGCAGGUCAAAGAUCUCGAGAAGGGCAAGGACGAUUUGCAAACCUCUCUUAAUGAAGCAAAAGCCGAGCUGCUCACUGUCAACGCGAAGCGGUUGGAAUUCGAAUCGUUGCUGGCAGCAACGAAGGCCGACUUGGCUCUCCAAAUCCAGUCAGUGAAUGCGGAACACGCAUCUUCCCUAGUGAAAGAAGCCGAGUUCAACGCGAAUAUUUCAGUGAAGGAGGAAGAAAUUAGAGAACUAACCUCAAAGCUUGCGGCAGCUAAAUCCGAAAAACAAGUUUUGGCAAGUGUCGCCUUUGAACAGGACGAAGACAAGAGGUCUGGAACCAUAUCAAACGAAUUUGAUCUAAGAAGCAAGAAGAUCGAAGAGCUUAGCGCCAAGCUCAAAAGCGUGGAAUCUUCACAAAAGGAACUCUUGGCUACCAUUGAGAAGAUCUCAGCUGAGAAGGAAGAAGCUACUGAUAAAGCGAAAACACUAACGAGCGAGCUCAAUCAAAGAAUCGAGGAGAUCGAUGCACUGAAUGACAAGCUUCAACAAAUUGAUAUAUUCCAAGGGAAAAUGGAAAUUCCAAAAACAGAAUCGGAAGGCACCGAGAAAGAUAAGAGGUUAGAAGUACUCUCGACGAUGAUCGUCUUCCUGAAGGCAAAGAACAAAUCUUUAGUAAGUGAACUCGAUCGAAAAAAAAAGGAAGUUGAGGAUUUGACCGACGAAGUUCAAGAGCUCGAAUGCUCCGAAUCUCACCAUAUCGAAAAGCUCGACGAGAAAAACGGAGAGAUAGAAGAGUUGAUCGCUGAGCUGCGAAAAGUAGAAGUUGCAAAAGAACGAAGCGAAUCUCAACGUUUGGAACUGCGAACUCUCGACCAAGAAAAAUCCGGAUCGCUUUCUAAAAUGAUUGUUGUGUUGAAGGAAGAGAAGGAAUCUCUUGCGUCAUCUCUGAAGAGAAAGGAGGAAAAUAUUGGCCAAGCAGAAGCACUGGCUAAGUUGUUGGGUGAAGAGAAUGCCGAACUUCGCUCAAAUAUAGAAGCUUUGAAGCGUGAGAAGGAUCUUGGACCAUUGUCUUCUGUAAAGAAGGAAUCGGUAGAGGAUAAAGCAUCUAACGACGUGCGAUUAUGGGAAGUUGAGAUGCUAUUAGGAAGUACCAAGAGAGAACUCGCAGAUGUAAUCGAAAGAAAUGAACUGUUGAUGGGAAAGAACAAGAAUCUGGAGUCUUCCAUCGAGAAAUGUCAGUCGACAAACGCUCAAACGCUGAAAGAGUCCGAAACCCAUGCAAGUAUCAACAACGAAAAUGCACGAAAGAUCGAUCUGUUGGAAAAGGAGAUUGCGACUCUGAAAGAGGAGAAGGAAUCUUUACUGAAAAGAGCAGCUGCAUUAGCUCGAAGGGAUCAGAUCCAAAAGGCAUCUCUUGCUACUUCGAAUGAGGAAAUUGCCAAAUUGAUAACGACAAUGGGCGACUUUCAAGAACGCUUCGAAUCAUUGGCAGAGCAGGUCGAAAAGGGUCAAGCCGAGAAGAUGGAACAUAUGAAGGAGUUUGAAGAUAAGGAGGCCAAAUGGAUUGCGGAAAAGGAAGAUCUAAACCAGCGCAUCAAUGCACUAGAAGCAGAGAACGAUGUCACCUCAUGUCCUAUACAAGCAUGUCCCACGGAUAGAUCAAUCUUCAACAACAAAAUUAGCGAGCUCGAGCAGGAACUUCAGCUCUUGGAGGUCACUUUGGAUUCAACAAAACAAGAACGCGAAGAUGCAAUUGUAGAACUCGACGAUACGAGAGCGAAAUUCGUCACUUGUGAGAAAGAACUUGAGGCAUGCCGUGACGAAUUAGAAUCUAUGGGAGUAAGGUUGAAGACAACGAGUAGCGAUCGAGAUUCUGCUGUGGCAAGAAGCGAAGAUGCUAGUACAAAACUCGAAUCUCUCGAAGUAGAACUUAAAACAUGCCGUGGCCAAAUUCGAUUCUUUACGAAGAAGAUUGCUGAAUUAGAAUCUUCUACAAGUGAUAGCCAGCUUGAAUCACUUCGAGAAGAGUUGGAAGCACUGAAAAACGACAAGGAAAAACUCGAGGCUGCUGCCUCACAGGAGGUUUCUGGCCAUAGCUUGGAAGAGAACAAGAAGGCACUUGAACUCAUUACUGACGAAUUGAACGAGGCCCAUGUCCGGGAGGGAGUGUUGGACCAGAUGCUGUCAUCAUGUCAAAAAGAAUUACUCGCUUGUAAGAAGAAAAUUAAAUCCUUUGAGACACAAGUCAUAGAUGAACAUUAUGGUGCAGGGGUGUACGACGAGCUGAUCGCCAGGCUCAACAAGUCUAAUGACGAAGUCAUCGCUAGAAACAAGAAGCUAAAGCAAGAAGUGGAGCUUCUUAAGGCCACGAACGGCAGUAGCCCAUCAGAGGAUUGCACUGAAGCUGCAGCAGAGAUUGCGGAAGAAAAUGUUGCAUUGCGCACCGAAAACAAUCGUUGCGCGAGGGAGAAGGCCAAGUUGGACCGUGAGCUCCUAAAAUGCACCAAGGAACGGGAUUCGUUAAAGGCCACUGCCGCUUCCCUGCAAAAAAAUGUUGACGAGCUGAAGACGAAAAUCAAGGUAGCCCGUGUUGUGUCGGGUGAAGCAAAUGCUGAAGCAAAUGCUGAUGCAUCGGAACCAAAGGAAGACGACGUCGAACGAGAAAACACUGCUCUAAAAGAAUUGCUGGCAGCCUCUCAGCGUUCUGUAACAGAAGCUAAGACCAUGCAACAGCAACUAUCGAAGCAGAUUGAGGCUGCUUCCGCGCGUGAAGCUCGUCUCAAAAAGGAAGUUUUGUCCAUAAAAUCCCGUAACGAUGAGAUGGAGAAACGCCUCGAGGACCAAGAGAAGGAGUUAGACGAGUUUGAGAGCGACUUUGCUUUGGCUCGAAAUGAUGCCCGCAAGGUAGUCGAAGAACUCCGCUCGCAGCUUCUACAACUCGAGAAGCGAAACAAACAGCUGGAGGCCGAUAGUUCUGUUAGUAAAACGGAGGAUCUCAAGAACAAAUUGCGGCAACUGAUCCAACAGAACAAGCGGUUACAGAAAGAAAUCGAAUACAUCAGAGUAAGAGAACGCAGACUCGAGAGCCAGCUCGGAUUAGAGCCCCGCAAAAAAUAGAAAGCAGCGCGGAGAUGACGGCAGGAAAUGGCACGAGUUAGAUGCAUUGCAUUCAUACCAGCGCCUACAUGUAUUGUACUUUUCUGUAUUGUGUUGCUGUGGUAUUGUGAAGGGUUGCGAGACGCCGGGCUAUGACUAUUUCACGUUCCACCAGCCACGAUAGAAAACAAGUGUAUUCAAUUCAUUUUGUGAAAAAGUUGUACGCCAUGUUUGUUGUAACCUAAAAUUAGUACUAAUAAUUAAACAAUAUUUUU